ACCGCGGCGUUCACGCGUUCUCGCCCCGAACAAACUUUCCACUUCGAAGUUCGUUCGAUUUUCAGAUUUGAAUCGCGUAAUUUUGAAUUGUGUUCUUUUGGCGUUCGAAUUUUGUGUUAGUGUUUUGUUUCUUUGUGGUUUCUGUGAAGUUUUUUUUAUAUUGUGAGUGACUAAAGUGAAAAGUGGCCAACUUCGGAUACUUUUAAAGAUUUUGUGCCAGUCUUGAACGGAUUACCUUCACAAUCAAAGUGAAAGUCAAACAUCCAUCCGAAGAGAGCCGAAACGAUGCGGUUAUCGCCAUAGCGCCGCCCGGGCAAUGCGCCGCGCGGCUCGACCGGCGCAGCGCACAAUAUGCGCUCGCUGAACGAGAGCGCGUGCGCAGCGCUACUCGAGCAAGUGCGCUGGGACGAGCCGACCAGCCUCGCGUCCCUCGCCGUGCUCGCGCUCAUCGACGUGCUGGUCAUCGCAGGCAACUGCCUGGUGAUAGCAGCGGUGCUGUGCUCGUCGAAGCUGCGCAGCGUGACGAACCUGUUCAUCGUGUCGCUGGCGGUAGCCGACCUGCUGGUGGGCGUGGCCGUGCUGCCCUUCUCCGCCACCAGGGAGGUCUUUGAGAUAUGGAUAUUCGGCGACGUGUGGUGCUCGGUAUGGCUAGCGGUGGACGUAUGGAUGUGCACAGCAUCCAUCCUGAACCUGUGCGCCAUAUCCUUGGAUCGGUACGUGGCCGUGACCAGGCCGGUCAGCUACCCUAGCAUCAUGAGCAGGAAGCGGGCUAAGGCGCUCAUAGCUGGGCUGUGGGUGCUGUCGUUUGUGAUUUGUUUCCCUCCGCUGGUCGGAUGGAAGGAUAAAAAGCCCGAAGAAGCCGAGAAAGACGGCUGGGCCCCCAACCCCCCUUGCCCCUGGACAUGCGAGCUGACCAACGACGCCGGUUACGUGGUGUACUCCGCUCUUGGAUCCUUCUACAUCCCCAUGUUCGUCAUGCUCUUCUUCUACUGGAGGAUAUACAAGGCAGCAGUGAGGACUACUAAGGCCAUCAACCAGGGGUUCCGGACGACGAAAGGUACAUCCAUUGGUAAAGGCAUGGGCAGCCGCUUCGAUGACAACCGACUGACCCUCAGGAUACACAGGGGCCGAGGAUCUGCACGGCCUCACGGCUCACCGCUGUCAACUGCAUCCAAUCACUCUACAAGUACUUCGCUGAGUGCCUCCCCUGAAAGGCUUAGAAGGCAUUCCAGUGCAAGGCGAGCCCACGAAAAAGUCAAGAUUUCUGUAUCCUAUCCCUCAUCUGAGCAGAUUUGUCCAGCUCUAGAGAACUCCCGAUUGGAGAACUCGCGGUCCCCCAGCCGGUCUCCGAGCCCGAGUUUAUACGCUGUUCACUACGAGAGGGACGGUAGAGAGCUCACUGAGAGCAGACUGAGGGUCAGACCGCCUCCUCAGCAUUUGGCUCCAGGACCUCUGUACGAUGAGUAUGAUGAUAAGCCAAGGACUACGAGAAGGAUGGGGAAGAGGAACAUUAAAGCUCAGGUCAAACGCUUCCGAAUGGAGACCAAAGCAGCCAAGACCCUCGGCAUCAUUGUGGGCGGCUUCGUGUUCUGCUGGCUGCCAUUCUUCAGCGUGUACGUCGUCCGCGCCUUCUGCGAGAAGUGCGUCACGCCUAUCGUGUUCUCUGUGCUCUUCUGGUUGGGCUACUGCAACUCUGCCAUCAACCCUCUCAUCUACGCUUUGUUCUCGAAGGACUUCAGGUUCGCAUUCAAGCGCAUUAUCUGCAAGUGCUUCUGCGGUGGCGGUGGCGGCCGGCGGGAGAGUGACGGCGAGGGCUCGCGGAGGGCCGUCAAGCCGACGCACUCUCACUCGCUGGAUGAACACGACACCACGCACUCUCACACUACCAGUGCUAGUGACAGGUGACGUCAAACCAUGCGACGGCAUAACUCCCAAUUCCAAACUUCCGUCGCAUGCGUCUAGCGAAACGGCUUCGCUUGCAAAAGCGAAGCGUUAUAACGGUAGCGUUACCGUUACACCUCACUAGUGAUGUUUGUAACCAUUUUUGAACAACGUUAUUUUAUAUUACUCAAGUGAAUACGUACGUACAGUUUUUUAUGGAUGUCAUAGACAUUAGUGUUAAAGCAAUAUAAAAAUAUAAUAACUACACGUCAUGGUAUAUAAAUAUUAAUUUUUAAAUUAAUGAUUGAUGUAUAACGUGACUAAUCUAUCAUCGUCAUCUAUUAUAUUACUAUGAAAUUAUUAACCAGAAACACCAAUUUUGAAUACAUUCGUUCGACAGCUUAGGUACAGACUUACAGACUUAUUUCCUUGAGAUUUAUGUUUCAAAUAGUUUUUUGUCAACGUAGGCUUUUCAAUAACAUUAAAUUGAUCAUAGAACAUAAUACUGUUUUGUAU